GGGACCAAUGAGUUUGAGGAACAAGAGUGGCUAAACUGUUGACUCUCAUCUGCCCUCCCUCCCUCCACCUCAGGGUUAUUAGGUUCCUGCAACUUAACUGGGAACUGUUCAAGAUUUCAAACUCAAGAUGGUGGUGAUGAACAGCCUGAGGGUCAUUCUUCAAGCAUCUCCAGGCAAAUUGCUGUGGAGAAAGUUCCAGAUUCCAAGAUUCAUGCCAGCCAGGCCCUGCAGCCUCUAUACUUGUACUUACAAAACCCGGAACCGAGCCUUGCAUCCACUGUGGGAGAGCACGGACCUGGUUCCUGCGGGUGAUCGACAGUCACCCAUCAACAUCCGGUGGAGGGACAGUGUUUAUGAUCCUGGCUUAAAACCACUCACCAUCUCUUAUGACCCAGCCACCUGCCUCCACAUCUGGAAUAACGGGUACUCUUUCCUUGUGGAAUUUGAAGAUUCUACAGAUAAAUCAGUGAUCAAGGGAGGACCCCUGGAACACAACUACCGAUUGAAGCAGUUCCAUUUUCACUGGGGAGCCAUCGAUGCCUGGGGCUCCGAGCACACUGUGGACAGCAAAUGCUUCCCAGCAGAGCUGCACUUAGUUCAUUGGAAUGCAGUCAAAUUUGAAAACUUUGAGGAUGCAGCACUGGAAGAAAAUGGUUUGGCUGUGAUAGGAGUAUUUUUAAAGCUAGGCAAACAUCAUAAAGAGCUACAGAAAUUAGUGGAUACUUUGCCAUCAAUUAAGCACAAGGACACCCUUGUGGAAUUUGGAUCAUUUGACCCUUCCUGCCUGAUGCCUACCUGCCCAGAUUACUGGACCUACUCAGGGUCUCUGACUACUCCACCCCUCUCUGAGUCUGUCACCUGGAUCAUUAAGAAGCAGCCAGUAGAGGUUGAUCAUGAUCAGCUUGAGCAAUUUCGGACCCUGCUUUUCACUUCCGAGGGGGAGAAGGAGAAAAGAAUGGUGGACAACUUCCGCCCCCUUCAGCCACUGAUGAAUCGCACUGUCCGUUCAUCCUUCCAGCACGAUUAUGUGCUGAACAUACAAGCGAAACCCAAGCCGGCGACCAGCCAAGCAACCCCCUAAAACGUUCAUACCUAGGCAGUAUUUUGCCUUUGCUUUAAUAUACACUAGCUUACUAAAAAUUGUUAACUAGACUAUUCUAAAUACCUGCAUUUGAUAAUAUUUACAAAUGUGCAUUUCUUAGCAUGUGAGUGCUUCAUCAGUCUUUGAGCAAAGCUAUUCGGUACCAGCAAGAGACACAAGUUUCUCUUACAGCUACCUGUUGGUAAUUGUAAUGCCUUUUUUGGUCUCACUUUGUUGCCCAGGCUAGAAUGCAGUGGCCCAAUGACAGCUCACUGCAGCCUUGAACUCCUAGGCUUAAGCAGUCCUCCUGCCUUAGCCUCUGCAGUAGCUGGGGCUACAGGUGCUGACCACCUGGCCCCGCUUGUAAUAUCUUUUUAUAUCUGACAUUUUUGAGCUAUCUUUUUAUGUUUAUCCAUUAGUGGUUCUAUAGUGCUAUAUGUAGGGAUUAUAAUCAAAAUUUUUAACAAGUGGUAAGGCAUAGACAUUGACCAGAACUCAGGCCUUUCAGAAACAGCCUGUGGGCCCAGACUGGUGCUUCCUGGCUGAACAUGAGUCAUGGUUUAGGCGUAUUUUAUUUCAUAACAUGAAUGUGUAUUCUUUCAUAAGGGCUUCUCAAUGAGUAUAUUUGCCCCAGUCUUUAAUUGUUAUAAGGACAUGAUAUGUUUACUUACUAUCAAUUUACGAUGUAGAAAAAAACAAGGACUUUUCCUAUAUCCAGAAAUACCUUUGCACUUCUGAAGAUCAGAUAUUUUACUUAAAGGUCUGAUCAUAUAGAAAAUACAUGCAGAACAUUUUAAAGAAAAUGCUUGGCCAAGUGCGGUGGCUCAUGCCUGUAAUCCCAGCACUUUGGAAGGCUGAGGCGGGUGGAUUACUUGAGGUCAAGAGUUCGAGACCAGCCUGGCCAACAUGA